AUGAACGAGCGCGAUUUCGGCAAUUUGGUGGAACUGGGGAAACAAAUCACCGACUUCGACGCGGACGGAGAGGCUCGCGAAGGAGCGAUGGACGAGGAGCAAGACAACAUCAUGACGUUCAACAUGGACGUGGAGAGCGAGGAGGAAAUCCUCGACGAGAUCGCGUCCGACGCUUCCGACGCUUCCGACGCGGAGGCUUCGCAGGCUGCGGACUCGCUGAACGCCGGGACGAUUAUGAGCACAGCCGCGGAGACGGAAGAGGACGAGGGCUCGCUGCGCGUGGAAGACAUCGACUCGUUCUGGCUGCAGCGGCAGAUCCACGAGUACGAGCCGGACGCGGAGAAGUCGCAGCACAUCGCGGAGGAAGUGCUGUCGAUUCUGCAGAGCAGCGACGAGCGCGGCGACGAGGAUCGUCUGGUCGAGUGCAUCGGCGUCGAGCACGCCGCGCUCAUCCAGCAGCUCCUCGCCAACCGCGGCAAAAUCGCCUUCGUCACGCGCUGGCGACGCGCCUCCAGCGACGCCGAGCGCGAGGCCAUCGCCCAGGAACUGCUCAGCGACGCCUCUCUCAACGGCUCCGCCAUUCUCAAGCGAUUGGAGGGCGGCCAGGCCACGCGCGCGUGGCGCUCCGGCGGCGACUCGCUGGCCACGACGCGCGCAACGCCCCGCCCGAAGGCGCACAGCGAGAAGGCGGACGAGGAGGCGCUGCGCGAGGAAGAGCGCCUGGCGCUGAGCCAGGAGCUCGCGGUGCCGAAGCCGAGGGCGCAGCUGGAUCUGCGCAGCCUGGAGUUCGCGGUGGGCGGGCAUUUGAUGAGCAAGAACGCGCUGCACCUGCCGGAGGGGACGAACCGCGUGCUGAAGCCCGGCUGGGAGGAGAUCCACGUGCCCGCGGCGGCGAACAAGUACGGCGACGCGGAGUAUCUGAGCAGCCAUCACUUGGUGAGCGUGGAGGAAAUGCCCGAGUGGUUCCGGCCCGGGUUCGAGGGCGUUUCCAAGCUGAAUCUGGUGCAGAGCGAGGUGUACGAGUGCGCCAUGCUGAGCUCGGAGAACAUGCUGCUGUGCGCGCCGACGGGCGCUGGGAAGACGAACGUGGCGCUGAUGACGAUUCUGCACGAGAUGUGGCUGCAUCGGCGGGAAGACGGGAGCGUGGACCGCGAUAAGUUCAAGAUCGUGUACGUGGCGCCGAUGAAAGCGCUGGUGAAGGAGAUGGUGGAUAGUUUCGGACGCAAGCUGAAGCCGUACAAUAUCGCCGUGCGCGAGCUGUCGGGCGACGUGAAUUUGACGAAGGAAGAAAUCGCGUCGACGCAGCUCAUCAUCACCACGCCCGAGAAGUGGGACAUCAUCACGCGGAAGAGCGGCGAUCGGACCUACACGCAGCUGGUCCGCCUGAUCAUUCUGGACGAGAUCCACUUGCUGCACGACGAUCGAGGCCCCGUUCUGGAAGCCCUGGUCGCGCGAACGGUGCGCCAAGUGGAGGUGACGCAGGAAAUGGUGCGACUGGUCGGACUGUCGGCGACGCUCCCGAACUUCGAGGACGUGGCGACUUUUUUGCGCGUGGACCCCGCGAAGGGACUGUUCCACUUCGACAGCAGCUUCCGUCCGGUGGGUCUGGCGCAGCAGUUCGUGGGGAUCAAGGAGAAGAGCUCGUUCAAGCGGAUGAAGCUGAUGAACGAGAUCUGCUACGAGAAGGUGAUCGAGAAGGCGGGGAAGAAGCAGGUGCUGGUGUUCGUGCACAGCCGGAAGGAAACCGCGCGCACCGCGCAGUUCCUGCUGGACACCGCGGUCGAGAAGGACCAGCACCACUUGUUCUUCCCGUCCGAGAUGGCGCGGAAGAAGCUGGAGGACGAGGUCAAGAAGUACUCGAUCAAGAACGACGAUCUGAAGCGUCUGCUGCCCACCGGCUUCGCGAUCCACCACGCGGGACUCUGCCGAGCGGACCGAACCGCGGUCGAGGAGCUCUUCGCCGCGGGCUUCAUCCGCGUGCUGGUCUCCACGAUGACGCUGGCGUGGGGCGUGAACCUGCCCGCGCACACGGUCAUCAUCAAGGGCACGCAGAUGUACUCGCCCGAGCAGUCCGCGUGGGUCGAGCUCUCGCCGCAGGACGUUCUGCAGAUGCUGGGGCGCGCCGGACGCCCGCAGUUCGAGUCGUUCGGCGAGGGCAUCAUCAUCACGCGGAUCUCCGAGCUGCAGUACUAUCUCUCGCUGAUGAACGCGCAGCUGCCGAUCGAGUCGCAGUUCAUCAAGCGGUUGGCGGACAAUCUAAACGCGGAGAUCGUCAUGGGAACCAUCCAGAACGUCGCCGACGCGGUCUCGUGGCUCGGAUACACGUACCUCUUCGUCCGAAUGCUGAAGAAUCCCGCGCUGUACGGCGUGGAUGCGACCUCGCUUCGCGAUGACCCCACCUUGCUGCAGUAUCGCGUGGAUCUGAUCCACAGUGCGGCGAGUCUUCUCGCCAAGAACGCACUGAUCAAGUACGACGUGAAGGCGGGUUUGUUCGAAUCCACCGGACUGGGUCGCAUCGCGUCCUAUUACUACAUCACCAACCCUUCCGUCGCGACCUACAACGAGCAUCUCAAGCCCAACAUGACCGAGAUCGAGCUGUUCAAUCUGUUCAGCCGCUCCGCGGAGUUCAGCCAGAUCGUCGUUCGGCCCGAAGAGAAGCUCGAGCUGAACAUGCUGAUGAACAAGGUCCCGAUCCCGAUCCGCGAGACGGUGGACGAUCCCUGCGCCAAAGUGAACGUGCUGCUGCAAGCCUACAUCUCCCACGUGAAGCUCGAGAAGUUCGCCUUGGCGUGCGACAUGGUGUACAUCACACAGUCCGCGGGGCGAAUCCUGCGCGCGCUCUUCGAAAUCGCUUUGCUGCGCGGCUGGUCGUCGCUCGCGCAGCGCUGCUUGGAGCUGUGCAAGAUGGUCUCGCACCAGCAGUGGGCUACGCAGUCGCCGCUGCAUCAAUUCAACAAGCUCCCCGCCUCCGUGCUGAAGAAGCUGGACAACAAGCCCAUCGCGUUUGACCGGUACUUCGAGAUGAGCGCGGGCGAUUUGGAGGAGCUGGUGUCCGGAAAGGGCGAGCAGGUUCGAAAUAUCGGCAAGAAAUUGGAGCGGAUGAUCCACCAAAUCCCGCGUCUGCAAGCCGAAGCCAUCAUUCUCCCGAUCACGCGAUCGAUGCUGUCGGUGGAGCUGGCGCUGCACGCCGAUUUCAACUACGAUCCGGCGGUGCACGGCUCCUCGCAAGGCUUCCAUCUGAUCGUGGAGGACGGCGACGGCGAGAAGAUUCUCUACUAUCAGUACUGGCUCCUCAAAGCCAAGUACGCCGAAGAAGUGCAGUACGUCAACUUCACCGUCCCGCUCUUCGACCCCAUGCCUCCGCAGUACUUCCUCCGCAUUAUCAGCGACACCUGGCUCCAAGCCGAGACCACGCACCUCAUUUCCUUCCGUUCGCUGAUCCUCCCCGAGAAAUUCCCGCCCCACACGGAGCUGCUCGACCUGCAGCCCGCUCCGCUCUCGGCUCUGCACAACCCCGCCUUCGAAGCCGCGCUGGCGUCCACGCUGACGGUGUUCAACCCCAUCCAGACGCAGGUGCUCCGCACGGUCUACGAGAGCGACGCCAACGUGCUUCUGGCGGCACGAAGCGGCAGCGGGAAGGGCGUCGUGGGGGAGCUGGCGAUGUUCCGCCUGUUCGCGACGCAGCCCGGAGGGAAGGCGCUGGUUCUGUGUCCGAUCAAGGCGGUGUGCGACCGCCAUGUGCAGCGAUGGACGGAGAUGAUGCGGCCGUUAGGGAAGAGCGUGGGGCAGAUGAUCGGCGAGCCGAAGGAAGAUUCGCGGACUCUGAGCACGUGCGAUGUGAUUGUGUCGCUGCCGGAACACAUGGACGCGUACACGUGCACGGGCUCGCAUUUGAAGCUGAUCCAACAAAUCAAAUUGGUGGUCGUGGAGCAUCUCCACAUGAUCGGCAGCGCGCAAGGCUAUCUCUUAGAAUCCGUUCUCUCGCGUCUCCGCGCCCUCGAAGCCCAGGCCAAAGCCGAUCCCAAGAGCCGCUUCGCGAUCCAGUUCCGCUUCGUCGCGCUCUCUGCCUGCCUGGCGAACGCGCGCUCGCUGGCGGGCUGGCUGAACGUGGACAAGGGGCUCUUCAGCUUCCACUCCUCGGUGAAGGUGAAUCCGGUGCAGGUCCGCGUGCAGGGAUUCGACAUCAACCACGCGGGCACGCGCCUCCUCGCGAUGAGCAAGCCCGUCUACUCCACGCUCACCGCGCUCUCGGGCGGCCACGCGGCGCUGGUGUUCGUUCCCUCGCGCAAGCAGGCGCAGAUGACCGCGAUCGACAUCCUCACGUUCGUCUCCGCGACGUCGAAGCCGCGCCGAUUCAACCACAUUCCGCAGGACCAGAUGGACGAAGUGCUCAGCCGCGUCGUCGACCCCGCGCUGAAGACCGUCCUCGCGGCGGGCGUCGCCUUCUUCUACAAAGGCAUGAACGAGGAGGACGCUCGGCUGGUGCGCGAGUUGUUCUCUCGCGACUUCAUUCAAGUGCUGGUGGCGACCGCGGAGCUGUGCUGGGAGUUGGACUGGAGCGCGCAACUGGUGAUCGUGAUGGGUAGCGAUGCGACGGACGCUUUACGGCUAGACACGUGCUUCUACGAUGGCAAGGAUCACCGCUACGUGGACUAUCCCAUCGUGGAUCUCCUCGAAAUGAUCGGGUUUGCUUCGCGUGGCGGCAAAUACGCGAGCGGGAAGGCGGUGGUGAUGACGCACAUCUCCAAGAAGGACUACCUCAACAAGUUCCUCUUCGAGCCGCUCCCCGUCGAGAGCACGCUCCAUCUGCACCUCGCCGACGUGCUCAACGCCGCCGUGACCAGCCACACCGUCGCCUCCAUGCAGGACGCCAUCGAGUGGCUCACCUGGUUCUUCUUCUAUCGCCGGCUCCCGCAGAACCCCAAUUUCUACUCGCUCGACGGCGUCAGCGACGCGCAGCUCAGCGACUUCCUCUCCACGCUCAUCGAGAACACCGCUACCGACCUCCAGGACGCGGGCGCGGUGGCCAUCGACGAGCAGGCCUUGGAGCCGCUGAAUCUGGGCGUGCUGAGCGCGCAUCUCUACAUCCGCGUGCAGACCACGAAGCUCUUCUCGCUCUCCAUCACCGCCAAAACCAAACGCCGCGGGCUCCUGCAGAUUCUCUCCUCCGCCGAGGAGUUCGAAGAGCUCCCGCUGCGGCAGCACGAGUCUCUGCUUCUCCAGCGCAUGGCGAACCACCUGCAGUACGUCGUCGAGAACUCCACGCCCGUUUCUCGCAAGGUCAACGUGUUGCUGCAGAGCUUCUUCAACCGCGACGCGCUCCCCAGCGACCUGCGCCGCGACACGCUGCAGCUGCUCCCCACCGCCGUGCGCCUCCUCCACGUGGGUUCGCCGAAGCAGAAUGACACGCAGGGCAUGGUGAACGUGUGCUCGACGAACACGUGGCUCAAGCCGGCGAUCGCCGCCAUCGAGCUCUGCCAGAUGGUCGUGCAGGGGCAGUGGAACGAGGACUCGCGACUGCUGCAGCUGCCCCACUUCGAUAAAGACCGCGCCGCUGCGUUCGACGGCGAGGGAGUCAGCAGCAUCUUCGACUUCCUCGACAUGGAGGACGCGGCGCGCGCCAAGCUGCUGGAGGGCCUCAGCGAGCGCGAAAUCGAAGACGUCGUGCAGUUCUGCGACGCGUAUCCCGACAUCGAGGUCAAUGCAGCCUUGGAGGGAGGCGAGGUCUGCUGCGGACAGGACGCGAUGCUGAACGUGCAGCUCAAUGCGGGGGAGGAGGGAGAGACUUAUAGCACCGAGGUGCGUAGCGAGAACUACCCGCAGAAGCUGCGGCAGACCUGGUGGUUGAUUUUGGGGGAUCCCACGGACAGCUCCAUUCAGUCCAUCGUGGAAGUGGACCUGGAGCGAAGCCGAAGCAAGCAGCUGGCGUUCACAGCGCCAGAGAAGCCGGGACACUAUUCGUGGAUGCUGUAUUUCAUGACGGACGCGUAUAUUGGGUGUGAUCAGGAGCAGGAGAUCGAAUUCGAUGUAGUGGAGACAAAGUGGAUUGUUUGUUGA